CCUUUAAGCGCAGCUGUGUGCGGAGUGCCUACCUGCUGGUGUGUGAGAUAGAGACAGAGAGAGAAAGAGAGAGAGAGGGAACAUAUAUAUGAAGUGUGCUGCUGUCUCGGUAUCAAUAGCACACACCACCAAUGCGUUAAAUGCGAAGCGAUGGGAAUCUCGCAGUCAUGUCUCUGCGACGAACCGUGUUAGCUUCGCUCGUGCUGAUUGGAUUAAUAGCGCCGGGUGAUGCUUUGAAGUGUAACUGUACCAACUGUGAAAAAAGUGGCUAUGAGUGCGAGACAGAUGGGGCCUGUAUGGCCUCCACCUCCUACAUUAAGGGCCAGGAGCAGCAUGUGCGCAUCUGUAUCCCACGUGAGAGUCUAAUCCCACCUGGUCAGCCCAUCUACUGUCUGAGUGCGGAGGGAGUGCUCAACACGCACUGCUGCUACACAGACUACUGUAACAGCGUCGACCCACAGGUCCCUAAUGUGAUCGGUAAGCAUGACAGCUGGGGUCCAGUGGAGUUAGUAGCGGUCAUAGCAGGACCAGUCUUUGUCUUCUGUCUCCUGCUGAUCAUCGGAGUCUUCCUGUUCCAGCACCACCAGAGGAACUACAACCACCGGCAGAGGCUAGAUGUAGAAGAUCCUUCAUGUGAUCACCUUUACCUAGCCAAAGACAAAACCCUGCAGGACCUCAUAUUUGACUUGUCAACCUCUGGCUCUGGGUCUGGUUUACCUCUGUUCGUGCAAAGGACCGUGGCAAGGACUAUUGUUCUUCAAGAAAUUAUAGGAAAGGGCCGCUUCGGGGAGGUGUGGAGAGGGAAGUGGAGAGGAGGAGACGUGGCUGUGAAGAUCUUCUCUUCCAGAGAGGAGCGCUCCUGGUUUAGAGAGGCUGAGAUCUACCAGACCAUAAUGCUCCGGCACGAGAACAUUUUAGGAUUCAUUGCAGCAGACAACAAGGACAAUGGCACCUGGACUCAGCUUUGGCUGGUAUCAGACUAUCAUGAACACGGCUCUCUGUUUGACUACCUGAACCUCUACUCAGUCACCAUCGAAGGCAUGAUCAAGUUGUCUCUUUCAGCCGCUAGUGGUCUUGCACACCUCCAUAUGGAGAUCCUCGGCACACAGGGAAAGCCUGGAAUUGCACACAGAGAUCUCAAAUCUAAAAACAUCCUGGUAAAGAAAAAUGGCACCUGCGCCAUAGCAGACUUGGGGCUGGCUGUACGUCACGAGUCUGUCACUGAUACUAUUGACAUCGCCCCUAAUCAGAGGGUGGGCACCAAAAGAUAUAUGGCCCCGGAGGUGCUGGAUGAAACUAUCAACAUGAAGCAUUUUGAUUCAUUUAAGUGUGCUGAUAUCUAUGCAUUAGGACUGGUGUACUGGGAGAUAGCGAGACGGUGUAAUGCUGGAGGCGUCCAUGAGGAGUACCAGCUGCCUUACUACGACCUGGUGCCCUCUGACCCUUCCAUUGAAGAGAUGAGAAAGGUUGUGUGUGACCAGAGAUUGCGACCCAAUGUGCCCAAUUGGUGGCAGAGCUAUGAGGCAUUGAGGGUGAUGGGGAAGAUCAUGCGCGAGUGCUGGUACGCUAACGGAGCAGCCAGACUCACAGCGCUGCGCAUUAAGAAGACGCUCUCACAGCUCAGCGUGCAGGAGGAUGUUAAGAUGUGAUGCACACGCGGGUUGCCGCUCUCCCAGAGACGGACACAGAGUGACCUGCCAGUUUCAGACACCGUUUUUAUAAAGUCGUGACAGGGACUACCUCACCUUUUUAGCCAAAACUACUGAGCUUUAGGCCACUCCAGCUGUUCUUCAAUCCCUCCAUGGGAUCCGGUCUGUUAGUGUCCGUAUCCAUCACAUCGACUCUACACACUUCCACCGCAUGGACAUUUUUUUUUGUUUGUUUUCUUUCCAAGGCAAGAUAAAUUCAUUAACUGUGACGCAACUGUUUUUUAUUUUUGUUUGUUUUUAGUUUUUUUUUUUUUUUUUUAAACAAUUUUGCCCUUGAAAAUGAACUUUUGUGUAUGAGCAUGGAUGUAUAUGCGGUCUUAUUCUGUGUGUGUCUUUUAGCCCAUACAGUAUGUUGUAUCUGAAUCAUAGCUUGUUCUAAACUGUGGUGGUGAGGUUGUGAUUUCUGAUUUUAUCUGCCUUUGGCAUAGAAAAAGGACAAAGUAAAGAAUCUGAUAGACUGUGACACUGUCAGCGAGGCCGGGUUGCAGUGUAGUUUUUCGCUGUCACACCGUUCAAGGAAAUAAAUUGUGUUUGAGGAGUUAAAUGUAAAUAUCAGGUUGCUGAGAAAAUGCUUGUAUGAACAUGAAUUCAAGACUCGAUUAUUUAACUGAUCAAUAUCGCGACCUAGACUUGCUGUACAAAAAGGCAUGUUUCUUAUACGCAUUGAGAUUUAUGUGCGGUUGACUGUUUAUCAGAGAGGUGGGUUUUUCCCCCCCAAUUUUUUUUUUUUUUUUUUUUAAUUUUUUUUUUACAUAUAUAAUGUAGCUGUUCAGGACACUGUGAGAUUAAUGCUCAUUCAGGUUAUGGCCAUUAAUUAAUGAUACUAAGAUGAUGUGUACAAUAUAUAAUGCUGUGCAGACAUCAAAUUUAGGGCAAGAAAUGUAGCAUAAUUCAUUCAUACUUGGUUCAGUUUUGUUUGUUUUUAUUUUUAUUUCCCCUUUUCGAGCAUGCUCUAUACCCAACUGGUCUUCUAUCAAUAGGAUUUUAUGAACUGCACUAUUGUACCUUUGGAGAAGUGGCAGAAAGUGACUGCUGUUCCACUUUCAGAAGCGUCCUGUAAAUGGUUCAUGUAAAAAAUAAUGCAUUGAUGUAUCUGCUUAUUUAUAAUGUAACAUUUAUAAUCUACAACCUUCUAUGAUAUUUUUUCAUCAUGUAUUUUAUAGAUUUUAAUUGAAGCCAAUGGGAAGGUACUACUGACUGUUUAGUUCCUUGCAUGAAUGAAAUUCUCAAAGCGUAGUUUUCUGUUUACUGUCCGAGUAACUUCCAGUUUUUCCAGUAUUCCAGUAUCUGACACACGGGUCUGCAUAGUGUGUGGAAAACAUUUAAAAAAUUAACAUUUUUCCGAUGCGGUUUUGUAGAAUUCUUUAAAAAGUAUUGGAACAGAAAUACAAUGUGAGGUGUGUGUGUGUGAGAGACCUCCAGGGUUUUACCUUGGCUGUUUCGGGAGGACAUACAAGAUCUGUAAUGGUUGAUUUGAGCACAGUGGAUGUAUGCACAGUUUUGUUGUAAAUCUUGAUAAGUCAGGAUACAUUUUGUUUUGAGUACAGAUAAAAUCUUGCUUGGAUUACUAUACAGAGGAACACUGGUUAACAUUGAUAUGACAUUACAGCACUAAUGUGAGGUUAUGAUUUAUAACUCCCCACCCCCACAAAAAAAAUCCCUACCGGAUUUUCCUACCCAUUUUACCAAAAAAAAGGAAGAAAAAAAAAACUACUGUAAAGAAAAAAGCUGUUAACAUUUUCCUUAAUCAUAUUGAAUAAUCUGACAAUCCACAAGCAUCCUCCGAGUCGAGCACUGGAAUUUUUCUUUGGCUAACGUUGGGAAAAAUGGACUUGUCAUUGCCUCUUUUUUUUUUUUUUUUCUUUCUUUUUUUUUUUUUAGAACUUGUGUUUUCCUGUUUGAUUGUGAGACAUUCAUACAGCAAAUACUUCCUGAGACUUCUGACACUAGGAGGGAUUUUACAGCAGAUGUUAGUCAGGCCACUUACUGGAAGAAUCUCACUGGUGUGUAGACUAACUGGCCUUGUUUGUUUUGUCACAAUGACUGGAUGCUGUAAUUUAAACCAUAUGUUAAACCCAUGCCUAAUGCAAAUUCUGUUGGGGGUUUGUUCAAGUUGUACAUAAUUAAUACAUUUUGUUUUUUUAUCUUCA